AUGAUUACUUCAGCUUCUACCUCAUUACAGCCAUCAGCCAUUUCCAAACAUUCACUUUUACCACGUUAUCUUAAGAUUAACUUCUUUCUCUUUCUUCUCCAAAUUCUUUAUCUACCCAAUCGAUUUCCUUCUUCUUUCUUUAUAACUUAUAUAUUAACGCGUGUGUUCAUAUCUCCCCCUCUCUCCAUCUCAGUCUUUUCAUAUCUCUCACAGUAUGUUCAUAUCUAUCUAUCUAUCUAUCUAUCUAUCUAUCUAUCUAUCUAUCUAUCUCAGUGUGUUCAUAUCUCCCCCUCUCUCUAUCUCAGUCUUUUCAUAUCUCUCACAGUAUGUUCAUAUCUAUCUAUCUAUCUAUCUAUCUAUCUAAUCAAUCUAAUUAACACACAUUCUUUUUCUUUAUUUCUCAUUCUCUUUAUACAUAUAUAUACAUUAUCUAUCUAUCUAUCUAUCUAUCUAUCUAUCUAUCUAUCUCUGUCUGCUAUAAACAUAUACAUAUUUCUAAGGAAUAUUGCAUAUUAUUUUAAUAUGACAAUUAUUUUUGUUCAGACACCGGUUCAUCUGACACUAGUUGAAAGCACCAGUAAUUCGCUUAAGCUGACUACACCUCUUUUGCAGACACCUAUUUCCUCAUUUGGUCUCACCCGUGAACAUACAUCACCCGCGGGUCAUUCAUUUUCUCUCAUUAUUAACCUCCCUUCCUUAUAUGAUGCCAGUGAAGAUUUAAUCGCUACUCCCGUUCUGGCAUUUCUUUUAAUUAUCAUUUCCUGCUGUGAUCCUCGUUUUUCCUAUCUUUCCCUUCCCAGCAUUCCUUGCCCCAGCCUCAUUGUGAACUCGAAUGAAAGCAGCGCCAUCUUGCAUCAAUUCUCUCUCAUUUUACUUUCUUUCUGUUUCGUUUACACUUUCACUUUUUUUCUUUUCUCUUUCUUUUCAUGUUAUUUUUUUUCUUCGUUAUUUUUUUCUCCGUUAUUCUUUCUCCUUCUCUUACUUUCCUUCUAUUUCAUUUUCUUUAGUUCUCUCGUUUUAUCUGUCUUUCGCUCUCUUUUUUUUUCGUUCCUCUCUUUCUCUUUGGCUCUUUGGCUCUCUCUCUCUCUAUCUCUCUCUCUCUCUCUCUCUCUGUCUCUCUGUUCAUCGUUUAUCGCUUUUAAUGUUGCCUGCAUUCUUUUCAUCUCUUGCUGUUCUUCUUCCGGAGUUUACUUCGAAUUCUUUUUUUCUCUUUUUUCUAGAUAUUUUCUUUUAACACUUUAUUCCAACUUUGAUAUUCUCUAUAUAUCUAUCUAUCUAUCUAUCUAUCUAUCUAUCUAUCUCUGUACCCAUCUAUUUAUACCAGAAUUUCAUUUUCUCUUUCUGUCUUAA